AUGAUAGCAGAUCAUCCAUUAACCACCUCUUCCUCUGCCUCUAGUAACACCACCACCUCUAGCAACACCAUUUCUACCUCUCCAGCUGUACCAUUAUCUUCAUGUUGGUGUGUACCAUCUUCAUUCUCAUCUGCACCAUUACCUUCAUGUUCAGAUGUACCAUCACCUUCGUUAGGAUUAUUCUCUUCACCUUCACCAUUUUCAUUAUUCCUUUGA